AGACGCUCGUGAACGCGCUCAGCCUCACUCUUCCGUGCUGAGAAGAUGGAUGAAACGGGCUCGUUUGGAGCAGGGAGAGCCGGUUCGGCAUUCGAUCUGAUCGCAUUUGUCAAACAACCUCAGACUAUCCUAAGAGUGCUGGCAUGGAUCUUCUCCAUGGUGGUCUUUGCCUCUAUAAUAAACGAGGGCUAUGUGAACAUGGGCAGUGAGCGACUGCAUUGUGUCUUUAAUAAGAAUGCAGAUGCCUGUAACUACGGCAUCACUAUAGGAAUCGUGGCUUUCAUAGCCAGUGUCUUCUUCCUGGUCCUAGAUGUCUACUUUCCCCAGAUCAGCAGUGUCAAAGACAGAAAGCGAGCAGUGCUGUUGGAGAUUGGGUUUUCAGGAUUUUGGACAUUCCUUUGGUUUGUAGGAUUCUGCUUUUUGGCCAAUCAAUGGAGUUGUACAUCCCCUAAAGAGCUGCCAUUGGAGCAGGCAUCAGAUGCUGCUCGUGCAGCUAUUGCUUUCUCUUUCUUCUCCAUCCUUACCUGGGCGGCCCUUACCGUGUGUGCCGUUCAGCGAUUCCUGCUCGGAACUGACAUGACACUGUUUACAACUGAGCAUUUGGCCGGCCAGGCCCCUAAGCAGCCAUACCCCUCCAAUGAUGUCACCGGUCAGACCACCAUCCCUGUCAACGCUUACCAGAGUCCGCCACUCAUAGAAACCGUAGAGACCAUUCCCCCUUGCUACAAGAUCCCGCCAGCAUUUUAAUCCACAGCCAAACGGAAAGGAAUGUAGCAGAGAUAAAGGACAGAGUAAAGACUGCCGCUAAUGUUUAUUUAGUCAUUCAUAUUUAUAAUUAUAUGAUUUAAAGACAUGCCAACAUUUUAAAGGGGCACUAGUAAUUGUUUUUUUUUUAAUUGUAAUGUUUUGCUUGUUGAUAAGCGAAAGAGUAACAAAAUGGUCAAGAGAUUGAGAAAAUGUCACUCAGCUGUUUCAGUAUAUGUGUGUGUCUGUUUUGCUGGACAUUGGAGCAGCCAUUCUAGAUGAGAUAACUGAGAUAUCUGUAAAUGAUUGUUUCCUUUACAAGCAUAUUUUCAUAUGUGUGUGUGUGUGUGUGUGUGUGUGUGUGGAUGUGUAUGCUUGCUCUAACUCAGUCUAGUUGCAUGAUAUGGUAAAAUGACACUGAAAUUCCCACUUAAGAAUAGAGGUAACUGUAUAUUUUGUUAAUGGAAGAAGUUACAGUGUUUAUCAAAGUCUUUGGAGCGACAUAUACAAUGAUGUCCUGAAUAAAGAGUAAUCAGUACAGUGAACCAGA